AUGAUGAUGGAUUACUCAAAUAUUGGAUAUACUUCUUAAUAUACUUUUCAGUUUUAGGUUUCUACUACCACAUUAGAUCAAUAAAAAGAUGCUAUUAGAAUUAUAUUUCCUAAUCCUAUACAUGAUCCUUCAUAAAAUCUAUCAGCUUCUAUUUAAUCAGUUACCUUAACUUAUCAAGAUAACACAGUGACACCACCUUAAACUGUUUAAUUAUAUGCCAUCAAUAUGAGAGUAGAUACCAUAGGAAGGUAUUAUUUUUAAUUUGGCUAAAAGUUUAGCAGUAAUUUGAUCUACACACUGGUUAUUCAAGCAACGGCCUUAGGGGCGAGUCUAAACCAAUAACUUUUAACUAGCAACACUAUUUUAGAAGUUGAAACUAUCAUGGACUUUACAUCAGACUACUCAUUCAUAUAUGAUUACAAUCCUAAUUUUGCAGUUAUUAGGUACACUGUUGCCCCAUAAAGAAAUGUGUAAUUUUCGGUUGACGCCACAGUUUCUGAUCAGGCUUUUAGCCCAGGAGGAGUGUACCCUAUAUUUUUUACAAUAAUAACUUCAAAGUCUUAUUACGGAAAUGUUAAAUUUGAAAUAUCAUUCAUACCUUAGGGUUUCUAAUUCAUAUAAUUUUGUUACUCCGUCUAGGAUACUCAAAUAACAGCUAUAGAACCUUCACUUUAUUCUUGUUAAUUUUAAAAUAAUAAACUUGUAUUUUAUUACAAUAACUAAAAUAUUCCUUCAAAUUUUGCUCUUAAAAUUGCUACUAUUGCAUAAAACGCUAAUAGAAUCGAAGCAAAUGUUGGAUUUAAAUUAAGAGUUAUUUAGUAGCAAGGGAGUCAUAUAACAGAUGAAGUCUCAUAAGAAAAUCUUUUUGGACUGUAGCAGCUAUUUUUAACUCAAACCUCAGUCAAUUUAUCUUACGGAAUUCCUAUUAAUACUCAAUUAAGUCCAAAUUUUUUAAUCUGUCUGAUAAGAAACACAAACACAGUUUAAGGUUCUUCUAUUUUCAAUGCCAUAAAAUUUAUUUUCUAAAUAAAUCAGAGCACACCAAUAGGCCAAGAAUUAGAGCUUCACUUUUAAGUACCAUCAGGCACUGUUCCAGACACUGGAUCAUAUGUAUUAGUUUAAUCCAUAUCUGAAAACUUACCAAAUCUCUCUAAAACAUAAUCAGUAGCUUGUACUGUUGUCAAUAAUUUUGUCUAAACACAUUUAAGAUACAUUAAAUGUACAAACGUGGGUUAAAUAGUGCAAGGAACUAGCUAUCACAUUGGAUUUCGUUUUUAUCUUUCAUAUGACAGUGCACAGUCUAAUUUACCAAAUAAUUUCUCAUAACUUGAUAUAUUUACUGUUUAAUAUCCCAAUUAAGUUCGAACUUUAGACUCUACACCUUUAAAUGUUAAAUAAACAAUUACUACAACUUAAGUAAGAACUGUAAAUGCUAAUGCAUGGUCAUAUAGUUACUAUAACCAAACUAUAGUUACAACUUAACCUUUUGAUACUACUACAAGAGCAGCGUCUUUUAAAAGGCCUUAUCUUAGUGGAGGUACUCUGGGUAUAGUAGCUUCAAGCUCUCCUUAGAAGCUAAUUUUUAGUUUGGAUAUACCAAAUGGAGAUUUGACUACAACUAAUAUGACUCUUUCAUAGACAGUUCCAUACAGUGCAGGCGUUUAAAUAGCAGUAAACCCUCAAAUAUCUUUUGAUGUUAAUACAUAUGUAAACAGUUACUCUCUUUUGAACCAAAAUAUAAGUCACAGCAUAAGCUAUUCUUAGAGCUUAUUCACAAUUAUUUAAGUAUCUGCUUCAACAACUGAUGCUCUUUCUAAACUCUUCACAAGAAAUGACUUUUCAAUAAGCCCAGCAACAAUUAACUUUAAGACUACUCCAUAUGCAACAUAAAAUAUUUUGGAUUUCUACAUAAUGACUUAUGAUUAAAUUUUAGGUCCAACUCCUGUUCUUGGAGGAUAUUACCUAGCCAAUUCAUAUACAGUAGAUUUUUCAGUCCAAAAUUAAAAUUACUAAUUGUCAAUAGUAAAUUAGUACAAAGGAACUACAUUUGGAAAUAUUCCUUCUGUUGUACCGACUUUGCUAUCUCUUACCAUAACUUUUCAAGCAAGUGAUAUUACUUCAGGAAAUUAAGGGUUCAUCAUUUUUUUUGAGGGAGGUUCAUUCAUAAGUGAUGUUAGCUUUUAAAAUAAUGAAACAAAACCUUAAAUUGUUCAGUGUGGAUCCAGUAUUCUAAAUAAUAAUACCUAGUAUCUAGGAUAUGGGACAAUAUCUACAAACGCAGCAAACUUAAUUAGUCAUGGAUUGAUUUAUCAAAAUAUGAACUAGCUAGUCAUAACAAAUUUAACUCUUACAGCUGGAACUUCUGUAACAAUAAUUCUGCCAAUUUAGUUAAAUCAAUACUCUGAUUAAUUUGAGGUUUAUGUUGCUACAAUUGAAAUUGAUCCAAAUUACAAACAAUUUUAAAAGAGUAACUAUUAUUAAUAUGACAUGAUAUACAGGCUGAGUGCUUCUUCUCAGAAUUUAGUUGAGGCUAAUUCAAACAUCCAUAGAAGACUUAUUUUUGGAAACUAGUUGAGCUCACUGACGAAUUUUCCUAAUGAUAGCUUAUUUCCAACAAUUUAGAGAAAUUCAUUCACAUUUAAAAAUUUAAAUAAUAUAGGAAGUACUGUUUAAAUGUCUGUCGAUUUAAAGUUUGUAGACUCUGAUCCUAUUUAAAAUAAUUAUUAAAAUGAUUAGAAGACAAGUUUUCUUUCUGGAUCAGCGUUUACAUUAAUAGCAUCUUGGAGUUUUUUAAACACCCAAAGUAGCUAAGGAUGUUUCUACUUUAAUUUUAGCUAUAAUAAUACUAGCAAUCCUCCUUAAACACUCUAAAGAUUUGUGAUGUAUUGCCCGAUUUCUGCUGCAGAUACUAGCAGUCUUUAACAAUCUAUAAGUAACUUUUUGAUACCCUAAACAUCAACAUAAACUCCUUCUGAUACUAUAUUUGCAAUAAGUAAUGCAUAGGGAUAUUUGAGAUAUGCUUAUCAAUUCUCUUAAAACAUAUAAAAUCCAAAUAAUAUUUAAGUUACAGUUCUUUCAGCAAAACUUUUUUGGGGUACAUAAGAUAAUCUGAUUUAAUAUUAAAUCUCACAAAUCAACACUAACAUACCUUUUUAAUAAGGUAUGAUGGUUAGAAUACUUUAGAGCUUUACGAGCUAAUACAUCAUUCCAGGUAAGUAAUGCUUAUUUUACGAUCCUCAGUAUUAAGUAUUUGAAUAUGCCUGCACAGUGUAAAUCAGUUCAAACAACUUACAAAUUGAUUUCUUGAUAGGAAAUUCCUGCAAAUAUUGUACUUUUAAAAGUACAUUUGUCAUUUAUCAUUAUGCAAACCAAAUAAUUGCAAGUGGAAAUAACAAUAAAGAUAAAAGUUUCACAGCUAAUCUAUGUUUAACCUAUGUCACAAACUAAAGUGGUACUUACUAAUGCUAAUUGCUUGCCUAAACACCAAACCCAUCUCCUUAUUUGUUUCAGGAUGUUUCUUCAAGCCCACCUCCUCAAAAAUUGAAUAUAAAUACUUACUAAAUAUAAUUUAAGCCUUAGUCUUAUGGAUAGGUUGGAUAAUUUAGUCUUUCUUUUGGGUUUAAUUACUAAAGUUUAGCUUAGAUACAAUUUAAUGCAAAUAUUUUUGAUAGAAUAGUACUUAAUUUAGGUACUUUUGGUGUUUAUAAUAAGCAGCUUUUUGAUUAAACAAUUAAUUCAAGAAUAUGCUAGAUUUUUUAAGAUAAUGGAAACGGAAACACAUAACUUACAGGCUUAUUUAGUUCUCUUACAUAUAUAAACUCAAACUCAGGAGGUAGUCUUCUUUUAACAAUAAAAUAAGAUUUAAAAGACACAAACAAUUUUAUUUUUACUUGCUCUAAUGUUAUUUAUCCAAGUGCUACUAUUGUUUUACCUAUCAAUAUUGUAAUUCAAGAUUAUCUUUAUACAUCUGUCUUCUAGUAAAGUGAUAAUUAUCAAUUCCCUUCUCAAUUUAAUCCUCCAAAUUAUUUUUCAAUUGGUUAUCCCUUUAUCUAAAGCAUUCUAGGAAAUAAAUAAGGAUCUAUAAGCUCUAUCACAUUUUCCAUUAAAACAAAAUCAACUUAAUUGUUAAAUGGCAAAAGUUCAAUUUUCAUACAAUUUCCAUUUAAUUAUGAUAUUAAUGGUAAUCUAAAAUACUCUUUUUCUUGCUAAGUAAAUUCUAUAAGAGUGGAUUGCUUUAUAGAUUCAUGGAAUACUCUAAGGUUUAGUGGAAUUCCGUAACAAAGUUCAAAUUUACUUUUAGUGAUUGUUUCUGGUGUGAGUCUAGCAAAGUACAACUAAUUUGCCAAAUUUUCUUUUUUAGUUGUUUUUGAUUAUACAAAUCCAUCUAUUUUUGAAGAAGGUGUAGCAGAUUCGAUUAUGGAGUCAAAUUUUACGACUUAGCCUCUGAUUAUAAAUUCAAUGCAGCUUUCAAAUACAAUUUUAGAUCAGUUAUCAAGCUAUACUUUCUACUUAACAUUAAACUCAACUUACAUAACAUCAACAUCUUAAUUCUAAGUUAACUUUCCCUCCAUUUGGAAAAUCACAAAUGAUGAAAAUGUUAGCCAAUGCCUGAUUUAAAAUGUAGAAUAAAAUAAUAUUUUGGGAUAGUUUUGUAGAAGAGAAGGAAGUACAGUAAUAUUUAAGAUAUUUUCAGGAAGUUAAGAAAUUUCUUAGAACUAGACAUCAUCUUCAACUCUCAGCACUUUUUUAUUAUAUAUAACAAAUAUAAACAAUCCAGAAAUUUGGCUCUCUAAUAUUGUUUUUGUUAAACCAUCUGUGAGUUUAGUAGAUACUCUAACAGGCUCAACUAUUUACUACGGAGACUCUUAUUUAAUGAAUAGUAACGCUAUUAAUUUUUAGUAAAUUAAUUAAACUCAAUAUCUUGGAUGGUUUGAUAGCAAUGGAAAUCAAAUUUACUAAGUAGAUGCUGUUAAUGGAGUACUUUAAACAUAAAUUUUCUUAAGGCCACUAAAUACUAGCUUGAGCUUUUAAGGGUAAAUCUCAAUAAGUUUAAGUGAUACUAGCUAAUAAAAGUUAACUAUUUUUCCAAAGACUCCUAUAUGUUCUAUCGGAGAUACUAGUUUAAAGGUGUUCAUUGGAGGUAAUUCAUAAACUAGAUAAGGAUCAUAUAUUGCUAUGUUUUAUAAAGUCUCAGACCCAUUCAAUUUAUACUCAAAUAUCCCAUCAAUAUAAAUAAAUGUUAGGAAUAAUAUUGUUUCAGUAAACUACUCUGUAAUGAAGCUAAAAGUUCCUAAAAAUGGUAUAUCUCCACCUAUUGUUCUAGAUCUUUCUAAUCAAAGAAUAAUAGAUAGCAUCACAGUAUAACCUGUUGCUAACGGUGAUAUUGAAGUUAUUUAAGGAGCUUCUAUGAAAUUUGAUCAAUUCAAUGUUUAAUAAAUUUUCUAAUUCUAAGUUAAUAACAAUAUUGUAGAUAGUGUUUUUACUAUUUCCUUUAACACAUUUGGACCUGGAUCAUAAUUUAUUUAAGCAAAUAGCAAAAUCAAUGUGGAGUUAGACUUAAAUAACUAUUAAUUUACUAAGCUAUCUAUUACAAUAGAUUCUACUAAAGUAACACCAACAAGCUAACCAGUUGAAUUCACAUGUAGCAACAUAGGAAUCAUAUAUUAUAGAAUAUCUUAACUUAGCUAGCCACCUGCAACUGCUGCAUUCAUAAAGCAAUAAUCAAUUGCAUAAUUUUAAAACUUUUAAGAUUCUUACAGCCUUAUUGAAUAAUAUGGAUACAUUUUAUCAAAUGGUGCUGUGCUUACUGUACAAAUGACAAACUUAUCUUCAUUACAAUAGUAUAAAGUGGAAGCCUUUUGCUAAACGUUUAACGGAGAUAGUAGUGAUAAAGUGAAUGCCUAAUUCUAAACAAGCGAUAAUGGAUCUCUUCUCAAUUAAUUCACAAUUUAAUUUGUUUCCAACCUUACAGACUCUCAAAAGAGAAAGUUAUGUUGUAUUAUAUCUGAAUUUUUAACUAUCCCUUCAAGUCUUGUUUACUUAAGGGAAGGGAGCAAAUGCAAAUCCUCAUAACUAAGAGUUAGCUUUAUUAGUCCACAACCCUUACCUAAUAAUACUCAAUCCACUUCCUAAGCAGUAGUUUAUAUAGCUCCUUUAAACUAUUUACCUAAUGUUUAGUAUUUUAACUACAUGGCUGCAGCUAUUUCAGACUAGAAAAACUUUAUCAGAAUACUUUCAAGCUACAUUCCAAGCUUACCAAAGAUUUAAUCUAUUUCAAAUCCUGUCUAAAUUCAAUAUUCAACAAUAUCAUUUGAUUUAAGUACUCCUGACAAAAUAACAAUUGGUUAAACUAACGUAACUAUUUCUAACCUUAAGCUUACUUCUAAUGGGUUCAUUUAUCUAGCUUUAGAAGAAUUAUCGGCGAAUUCAAUUAAACCUGAUCCUAGUUAACUUUAAAAAGGAGUCAAUUACUAAGGAACUGUAUUUAAAAAUGGAAUGUAAAUAGCCUAUUAAAAUGUGCAAUUAUAUAAGCAGUCAAGUUUUUAUUUCGAUUAACUUAAAAAUGGAACACAAUACAUUAUUUAUUUUAUGGGUGGUAGUGAAUUUUAAGAUGAUUUAACGACUUAUACAGAAGUAUUUACAAGAUAAUUCUAGACAUUAUCACUAUCUAUAGGAGUAACUAUAACUUCACUAUCAUAGAUACUCACCUGCCUACAUUUUUUUACUUUAAUAAUUAUUUUAUAAAUAAUCUAUUGA